GUCUCACCCUCACCCCGCCCACUUCCUCCGCCUGUCCCCACACAGGCUGCUGAUUUAAGUCGGACCACCUUUUGCUUGCUCGUCUUGACUAAGUCACACUCAGCCUCACUUGUUCUCUGAAAGAGCGUCAAAAUGACAAUGAAACUGGCUUACUGGGAUAUUCGCGGGCUCGCCCAGCCUAUCCGCCUGCUGCUGGAGUACACUGACACCAAGUACGAGGACAAGUUUUAUGUCUGUGGUGAAGCUCCAAACUAUGACAAGAGCUGCUGGUUCGAUGAAAAGAACAAACUUGGAAUGGACUUUCCCAACCUUCCCUACUUGUUGGAUGGAGACAGGAAGAUAGUGCAGAGCAAUGCUAUCAUGAGAUACAUUGCUCGUAAACACAAUUUGUGUGGAGAGACUGAGGAUGAGAAGGUCCGCGUGGACAUUUUAGAGAACCAGGCGAUGGACUUCAGAAACGGCUUUGUGAGGCUGUGCUACACCGACUUUGACAAGUUGAAGCCAGGGUACCUUGAGACGCUGCCAUGUGUCCUGAAGCAGUUCUCAAAUUUCUUGGGAGACAGAAAGUGGUUUGCUGGUGACAAGAUCACUUUUGUGGACUUCAUUAUGUACGAGCUGUUGGAUCAGCACAGGAUGUUUCAUCCUACGUGCCUGGAUGACUUCAAGAACCUCAAAGAUCUUUUAGACCGUUUUGAGGCUCUGGACAAGAUUGCUGCAUACAUGAAGUCAGCCAGAUUCAUGAAGACUCCUGUUAACAACAAGAUGGCCAAAUGGGGAAACAAGAAAGAAUAAUGAAAAUAACAAUGUCCACAAGUGCAGCUGACUCAGUAAGAGAAAAGUGAGUCAGUACUAUUUGUCUCUUUAUAAGCCGUUAACUAUUUGUAUCGGUUUCAUGACCUUCAAUCACGUUCACGCCCAGAUAUUUUACAUGAAUCAGAGUUUUGUAAAAAAAAGAAAACCAAGUUUGUACUGAUAUGAAGAUAAGUAGAAACUUUAAUUUGACUUGAAGCACUCAAUUUCUUUGUUACAUUUGAAACAUGUUUUUUGACAAAUUAAAAUAAAUCUUGCAUUGUC